AUGUACCGCCAAAAGGACGGCGUAGCGAUGGGGUCCCCCUUAGGAGUCCUCCUCGCUAACUUCUACAUGGGAGAAGUGGAAGAAAGGAUCUUCUCGCAACAUAAAUGUCCCCGCACAUACGGACGAUAUAUCGAUGACAUCUUUGUGCAAGCUGACUCAGAGGAUGAGGUAGAAGCCCUUCGACAGCAGUUCCUGCGUUACAGCACACUUAACUUCACCGUCGAGUACAGCAGCAACGAUCGGCUCCCCUUCCUCGACGUCCUUGUCACGAAGACGAAUCAGAAGCCAGCGACAACAGUCUACACCAAGGCUACGAACCUUGGACUUUGUCUAAAUGGAGAUAGCGAGUGUCCUGCGCGGUUCAAGACCACCACCGUCAAGGCCUUCAUCGGAAGGGCCCUCUCACACUGUUCGACGUGGCAGGACACGUAA